CGUCGAGGUGAGAGUAUGCGCAUGUGCCGAUCGACUGUCAAACGAACGAACGUAAAUAAACAAGUGAAAAAGUCUUGUGCCAAAUAAAUGUAUUUUACGCAUCAUUUUACUAACUUUAUAGAUUAUUGUGACUUUUUAAUUCGUAAGUGAUACUGUACAACGAAAUUGAAAGUAUUUUUUAAGAUAUGAACAAACAACAAUAAGCAUCAGAAAUGCAGCUCCAACUAGUUUUAACAUUGUGUGUAAUUUUAUUAUGCGACGCAAAGCUGCCGCGGUUCAGACAGCUGAUUCAACCCAACGAGCUACCAGCGAAUCUCACGCAGAACUCGCAAACGUUAAGACAUCGACAAACAGAAUCGAAAAAUGAGAAAACUAGUCGAAUAGCCGAUCAGUACAGACAGAGGCAUCGGAGGGACGUGUUCGAUUCAACUUCUUACGAAUCGAGUUUGAUAUGGGCUCACUCCGAGAGAUUAGAUCAAAAUGGCGACGUUGUCCUAAGAUGGGUGUACUCGGAUUCGAGUAUAACGUUUAGGUUGGAGGCGAGAACUCUUGGUUACGUCGGCUUAGGAUUUAAUACUGUUGGGAACAUGAGAGGCGCAGAUUUGGUAGUCGGCUGGGUCGACGACAGGAAUGGCAACGCUCAGAUUGUGGAUUGUCACGGACCCGAGCACGAAGAUCUACCAGUAGCCGACGACGUUCAGAAUUACGAGCUCAUAUCUGGGUAUCAGAAUGCGACCCACACGACUGUGGAAUUUCGGAGGCAGCUCAACACUUGCGAUAGACAAGACUUUGUUAUUGGCGAGGACACAGUACAAGUGCUUUGGGCGCUUGGACCUGAGGGCUCAGAUGGACAGCUUCCAAAACACAUGAAGAGUGGAUCUAGACCAUUAAGACUUCUGCAACCAGUGUCGAAACCCGAGACGAUACCUCUAAAACAUUGGGAUGUCAGAUUGACUAAUUUGACCAUCCCCCACGAUAUGGCAACGCUAUUUUGGUGUAAAAUCUUCAAAGCUCCGGACUUGCCUAAGAAGCAUCAUAUAAUUGGCUACCAACCUCUGAUCGAUAGUCGGCCAAUAAAGAACGGCAAACCCGUCGCAGACAAUAAUAGUUUUUCGCCUGUACAUCAUAUGGUUCUAUAUGAAUGCGCUGAAGACGAAGACAAACACCUGUGGAACGUUUGGGCUGAUAGCGACGGGUAUUUUGGACCAAUACGGCCAAGUGGUUGGGCUACUUGUGCCAGGCCAAUUGCGGCUUGGGCUAUUGGAUCUCAAGGUGAAUUCCUGCCGGAAAGCGUCGGUAUACCCUUGGGGGAAGACGGAGGGGUUUCGUUCUACAUGCUCGAGGUUCAUUACGAUAAUCAAGCGUUGCACGACGUUCUGGACAGUUCCGGUAUAAGGGUGCACUACACGCCCGCUUUGAGGCAACACGACGCCGCCCUCCUCGGCGCCGGCAUAGGGGUGUCGGCCCUCCACGUGAUCCCCCCGAAACAACGGCGCUACAGGACCGUGGGGAUAUGCAGCUCCGAGUGUACCGACACGACCCUACCCGACGAGGGCAUCAACAUCGUGUCAGUUCUUCUUCACGCUCACGGAACAGCGAGAAAGAUAGCCCUCAAACAUGUUAGGGGCACGCAGGAGUUGCCGAGGAUAUCGGAGGAGAACUCAUAUGAUGCUCGCUACCAACAAUCAAGAGUGGUGCCCGGCGGUAGGAAAUUCAAGAGAGGAGAUACGCUGAUCACUGAAUGCACUUACGACACUACGUCGAGAACUAAACCUAUUUUGGGGGGCUAUUCUGCGAAACAGGAAAUGUGCCUAUCCUUCAUUUUGUACUACCCUCGUACGGAGCUGGCGGGUUGCUAUUCAAUGACACCGGUCAAAGAGUUCUUCGAAACGUUCGGAGUCAAAAAGUUUUACGGAUUGAACUUUACGCAAGUCGAAAACAUAUUUUUGUCAUCCGGAAGCCUCGAAAAUUUACCGCCGCAGCUGGAGAUCGACGUGAAACAGAGGAGCACCGACGAAACCGCCAAGCAAGGAGACGAUCAAGGCGUUGGACUGAUGAAGGAACUAGUGAUCGUUGAACCGUCGGAGUUCCUGAACAAGUCGUUCAUGGAUCACCUCAACGAGAUGCCCUGGGAGGAGCCGCUGCUGACCGAACAGAUCGAGAAGUCCCUGUACAACGGCAUGCACAUGACCUUCUGCAAGAAACGGGACGAUUCCUGGGGAAUGCCCAUACAAAUACAGAACUACCCUGCGUAUUCGGAAUUAACGACCAACGAAGCGUCCGAAAAAUCUUGCAACUACAAGAGUGUGAGACUACCCUCUGUAACGAAGUCUUCGACGGGCGCGGCCGCACAUACGACUUUAAGCUCGAUCACACUGCUCGUUUGCAUCUCGCUUGCGGCGACGCGGUAAUCACAAUUAAAAGGUGAAUUCGAUGUGAGAAUUUAAAAUCCUAUUCGCAUUCAAAACUGAACUUUAUAUCUACGUUGUCACGGUUCGAUUUCGCUAACGCUAAAUACGUCAAUAGUACAACGACGUAAAUAUUUCACGACUGGGCAAACCGCGAACAAACGGACAUGCAAUUCUGUAUAUUAGAUAUCGAAAUACGGUAUUAAUUGCUUUUUUUUACUAGACUUUUAUGUAGACGGUACAUUACAAGUACGGACACUUUCAAAUUUCGAAUCGGAUUUUAAAUUGACACAGCUCGAUGAUCUGUUGUUUUCUAUUUUGUUUUGUUUUUUUUUUUCACCUGUGGGUGAUGCCCUUUCAUAGUAUUAUCAAGCCGAAUUAUGCAUCCAUAAUUUGUGCUUUGUUUGUCUUUAAACACGCGUUACUACGAUCGUAAACCAAAGCGUCGUAACAACUAAGUUUUAAUUGUAAAAUAUCGAAGUUCUUUUUUUUGUCAACAGUACUUAUGCGGUCUUGCUCAUGUAGCCUUGCUAGUUGUUAUAUAGUAUUUUCAUUAAGAAGGUUCUAUAUAAACUUGAUACUUUUUGUAAAUUUUCGUUCGUUCGUAUUAAUUCGUGUUAAUUGUAAACCUGAAUCUAUAUGAAGUUACUAUUUAUUUUUCUUUGUAUUUAGCAAACAACCUACUUGCAUGCUGAAAGCAUAAGUUUGUAAACUAAUCGAAUCGUAUCGCGAUCGUAUUGCGAUAGAUAAUCGAUAUCAUAAUCGAUAUUUUAAUUGCGUUUGUAUGAUUAAGUAUCGAAUAUUUUUCUUUACUCGACUAUUUGUAUCUUUUUACCGUAAUGUCCCUGAUAUUGUAAGUUUGUGUACGUUUUUUUUUUGGUCGAUAUUAUUUUAUGAAAAUAAUUUCGUUGUACAAAACCAAUGCAAUAUACACUGUUUUUCAUUGUUCGAAUAAUCAUGUCGCUUAGAAAUAAGGCGAUAGUAUUUUCUGAGUAUUUAUUGUUAUUAUCUAACAGCUGGCAACAUUCACUUUCAGUGUUGCCGAUUUUCAAAAUUACAGUGAAGAUAUCGGGCAUCUAUGAGUUUCGUUUGUUUUAUUAUUUUUUAAAUUUAAUUGUGGAUAUUUAAUUUACUAGAGUACUGGAAAUCCGUAACAAUUGUGAAUAAGUUGUUAAAUUAUCGGUGAACAAAAGGAUAUAUUUAUUUGUUGGUCAAUGCAAUAAUCAUUUAACACUUCAAAAUACCUACUAAAUUAAUAAUAUUUAAUAAAUUGUU